GUUAGAGCUUGGCAACUCUAUCAAGCAAGAAAGCCUGGCCUUCUAAAGGUUAUGCAAAAGAGGUAAAGAAUUGUCCUUCAAAUGCCCAAAUGAGACUUUCGGUCCAUAACUCCAAAUACUAACGCAUGCUUAAAGCCCAAAUAUCUACCUGCCAAGCUGGUCACUGUGAGCUCUAUCAAUCCAAGAAAGAGAGCCCCCUGUCACUCGCAUCUACAGCACGUGUUGUACAUACUCCUCACUUGACAAUAACAACGUCAAAUGAUGUCUGCACGCGCUUCAACUACAAGUGCUUUCGAACCCAAGCAAUAAUAAUAAUUCUGUCACCUUCCCUUUACAUUUUCUCAUCUCAGGACACAAAGAUAGAGUCUUCGAAUCCAAAAAUUUACCAUAACAAACCAAAACCCAGACCAAUAAAAAAGGAAAAAGAGAAAAUUUUGAAGACAAAUCCAAGGUUGAAGAGCGAAAAAUCAAAGCUUUUGUUUGCAAGGGUAAUAUAUGCAGGAUGGAAAAUCAAGAAGAAGAAGAAGAAGCAGAAGCUAUACCUGCACAAACUGCGUCGCCAAGGCCAUCAUCGACGACAUUCAAUUUAUUUCUGACAAUUAUGAGCAAAAGAAGAACAUGGAACAAGCCCAAGUCACUUCUGCCUCUUCUGGUUGGCCUGCUUUGUAUGCAUCAGUGCUUUUAGGGGCAGUUUUUGGUCUGCUUUCAAUGAUCGCAGCUCUUGCUGUGGCUGUGCCAGCCACUUUGGUUAUAUGGAUUACAAUUGUUGUGUUAUUGGCUUUCUUUGGCAAGCCAAGAAGGACUUUGGUGAUAGAGGGAAGGAAGAUUACAAGAGAAAUUGUUGGGUUUGUUUUCAAGAUUUUAUUGAAAGAAGGAAAUUUUGUGGCUGCUGUUUGUGCUAUUCUCGGCUACUUUGCUCUUGUUAGAAGGAAUUAUGAAGAUGAUUGAAGGGUUGUCUUGUUUAAACUAGUUGGGAAGUUUUCUUUUAGGGCAGAUUUUGGGGAAAUUUAAUUUGCCCUCGAAAGUGUUUGAUAAUUUUCUUUUUUGGUUAUGGGGCUUAGAAUUAGAGAUAAGAAUUUGGGUUGGGAAAGCUAAAAGAUAUCUGUAACAGUAGUAUUUCUUGUUUUCUAAUUCUACUGUAAACUGCUAUUUCUAUUAAUUUUAUGGUUGUCUUUUUCUUUUUCCUCCUUA